GAACGUCGGUCAUGUGGCGUGUAAAGUGACGUCAUUUCGCCGGAUAAAACGCGAAACGCGACGCGAAAAGUGAUCGGCUUCCAGCGCCCGUGUCGCCUUGGGUCCGCAGACCUGCGCCGGGGAGGGACGUGCGUUAACAGUUCGGUUCAGGAGCGCGACUGCACGCUGUACCAGCUCAGCGUUAGAGUCCCGGGAGGGGGGAACAGUCUGCGUGUCCUGGGCUCCCUGCACGAGGUCCGGAAAAGCUCCGCUUGCAAGCAGCUAAGAGCCGCUCAGUGCGCCAUGGACAACGUGGGUAACGCGUCGGAGCUGCCGUGCCAGCAAACCACCGAGGCGAUCAGCAACGGCAGUGCCUUCUGCCGCAACUUCAGCACCAACGCCACCGUCACGGACGCCGAGGCUGCUAACAAGGGCUCCAUCCCGGUGGUCAUUGCCAUCAUCAUCACCGCUUUUUACUCCAUCGUGUGUGUCGUUGGACUGGUGGGGAACGUGCUCGUCAUGUAUGUCAUUAUCAGAUACACGAAAAUGAAAACAGCCACCAACAUCUACAUCUUCAACCUGGCCCUGGCGGAUGCCUUGGCCACCAGUACGCUGCCCUUCCAGGGCGUCAACUUCCUGAUGGGCACCUGGCCCUUUGGCGAUGAGCUCUGCAAGGUGGUGCUCUCCAUCGACUACUACAACAUGUUCACCAGCAUCUUCACGCUGACCACCAUGAGCGUGGACCGUUACAUCGCCGUCUGCCAUCCCAUCAAGGCGCUCGACUUCCGCACGCCGCGAAACGCCAAGAUCGUCAACGUCUGUAACUGGAUCCUGUCUUCUGCCAUCGGCCUCCCCGUCAUGAUCAUGGCCUCCACCGUGGCUCACAGAAAUGCUCCAAAAAUCAUCGACUGCACCCUGAAGUUUCCCCACCCAUACUGGUACUGGGACAACCUGCUGAAGAUCUGCGUCUUCAUCUUCGCCUUCAUCAUGCCGGUCCUCAUCAUCACGGUGUGCUACGGGCUGAUGAUCCUCCGCCUGAAGAGCGUCCGCCUGCUGUCUGGCUCCAAGGAGAAGGACCGCAACCUGCGGCGUAUCACCCGCAUGGUGCUGGUGGUGGUGGCCGUCUUCAUCGUGUGCUGGACGCCCAUCCACAUCUUCGUUAUCAUCAAGGCCCUGGUGAACAUCCCCAACUCGCUUCUGCAGUCCAUCACCUGGCACUUCUGCAUCACCCUGGGCUACACCAACAGCUGCCUCAACCCUGUGCUCUACGCCUUCCUGGAUGAGAACUUCAAGCGCUGCUUCCGUGAGUUCUGCGUCCCCUCUCCAGCCGGCCUGGACCUGCAGAACUCCUCUCGCAUCCGGCAUGCGCACCGUGAGCAUAACUCCAGCGGGCACACCCUGGAACGGACCAACCAGCAGGUAUGACUAGCCAUGGAGAUGUCGUCACUGGACUCCCGCGGCCAGCCACACGUGGACAUGAACUCCGAGGUAACGCAGGUCACAACCGGACUCUGACUGCCCUGUUCCUCUUGGGCUGGCCAAGGCGAAUGUAGCCGACGCUCCGCAGGACUGGUCGCCCCACAGCAGCCUCUGUUCAGAUGACAAAUGCUUCAUAUUUCCGGAACCCAACCCGGAGGUUCUCAGCCAAACUGUAGACACCGAACUCCUUGCCAGUGCGGCAUUUCUAGCUACCUUUGUUAGGCGCAGCAUGUGAUUCAUCAAAAGCAGAGGACCCAUUCUGAGCCAUUUAAGGCCCUGCCAAGUGAUGUUUUCAUGCCAGUGGUGAUCAGAUAAUAUAUUCUGAUCCAUGUAAAAAAAGCAGAGCUGAGUUCUGUACGUCCACGGCUUUCAAUGAAUGACUGGCCCUCUUAGCCAAAGCGCAAAGCUGUAACUUAUGUGGCUUUCAAACACAGACCUUUGCACGUAUCUCAGAAAGCCCCGCAACGAGGUGGGAUACAAGCUGAAGAUCAGUACAGCUUUAUUUACCCUAUUUGCACACUGUUACUUGUACAUGGUAUUGCUCGUUACUUGAAAUCAUUCAACUUGUACAGAACUGGUGAAAUUUGAUACCGGAUCAAUAAAUCUUAUUUAUAUUUGGUUGUGCUCACAUUCUUACUGCCUUGCCGUCGGAUCUGCCCAUCCUGUACCAGCGUGUUAUAUAACUCUGUGUGUCAGGCAGACGCAGACGUAUCCGAAACUCCGUUGAACGCCGUCUGCAGAAAGCCUGCUCUUAUCAAUGACAACUUGGCACCAACUGUAUCUCAUCUGACAGGUGCCAAGUCAUCACUCCAGACCCUUUAGUCCUACAGUGUCUCAACAGUAGAAUUUUAAAGCCCGAAUCCCGCAGUGUCUGUUGAGUGGACAGUGCGGCAGUGCAGUGGCCUCACAGCCCCCGAGUCGGGAGUUUCCAUCCCUCUUGCAGUGAGGCUAACUGGACUGCCUGUAUCGCCCACAGUGCAUGAGUGCUUACCCACAGCAGACUGGUAUCCUGGGCACUUUUGGGAUAGAGAGCCCC